AGUUACUGGGAUUCUCUGAGCUGCAUUGGACUUUUCCUAUCCAUUUGCAUUGUUAAUGUUAUUUUUAAGUGAAUAUUUUUUUUAAAUUAUCACUCCUGGUCUUGAAUCUUUUUUAUGCCAUUUAAAGAUUUAGAAGAAUAACCCUCCGUGUUCAAAAAACAAUGUUUGAUGCUUCUGGAAGAUGAAUUGUAAUUGAAAGUUUCUCCCCUCUUUGGAUGAAUCUGGGGAGCUCAAAUUGUAAGAAGGAAGGGGGAAAAAAACACAAUGAAAGAGAAGUCCAAAAAUGCUGCCCGGACUAGACGGGAGAAAGAAAACAGUGAAUUUUAUGAACUGGCUAAAUUACUGCCUUUGCCCUCAGCUAUCACCUCUCAGCUGGAUAAAGCCUCAAUAAUCAGACUCACCACCAGCUAUUUAAAAAUGAGGGUGGUUUUUCCUGAAGGACUUGGCGAAGCCUGGGGCCAUACUAGUCGAACCAGCCCUUUGGAUAAUGUUGGACGGGAGCUGGGAUCCCAUCUUUUGCAGACGUUGGAUGGCUUCAUAUUUGUUGUGGCUCCAGACGGCAAGAUCAUGUACAUUUCAGAGACGGCCUCCGUUCAUCUGGGUUUAUCACAGGUAGAGCUGACCGGAAAUAGCAUUUACGAAUACAUCCACCCUGCUGAUCACGAUGAGAUGACCGCGGUGCUCACAGCUCACCAGCCCUACCACUCUCACUUCGUGCAGGAGUAUGAGAUCGAGCGCUCCUUUUUCCUAAGGAUGAAGUGCGUCUUGGCUAAGAGGAAUGCGGGGCUGACCUGCGGGGGCUACAAGGUCAUUCAUUGCAGCGGCUACCUGAAGAUCCGCCAGUACAGCCUGGACAUGUCCCCCUUCGAUGGCUGCUACCAGAACGUUGGCUUGGUCGCUGUUGGCCACUCGCUACCUCCCAGCGCAGUGACAGAAAUCAAGCUGCACAGCAAUAUGUUCAUGUUCCGGGCCAGCCUGGACAUGAAGCUCAUCUUCUUAGAUUCCAGGGUGGCUGAGCUGACGGGUUACGAGCCGCAGGACCUGAUAGAGAAGACCCUUUACCACCACGUCCAUGGCUGUGACACUUUCCACUUGCGCUGCGCUCACCAUUUGUUGCUCGUGAAAGGGCAGGUGACCACCAAAUACUACCGCUUCCUGGCCAAGCACGGCGGCUGGGUGUGGGUGCAGAGUUAUGCCACCAUCGUGCACAAUAGCAGGUCCUCGCGGCCACACUGCAUAGUCAGCGUCAACUACGUCCUCACGGAUACUGAAUAUAAAGGACUACAACUCUCCUUGGAUCAAGUGACAGCAACCAAGCCAUCAUUCUCAUACGCAAAUUCAACUCCAACCAUAACGGACAAUAGAAAGGGCAGCAAAUCACGGCUCGCAAGCACAAAGUCAAAAUCCAGGACAUCGCCGUAUCCACAGUAUUCUGGAUUUCACACAGAAAGAUCUGAAUCUGACCAUGAGAGCCAAUGGGGUGGAAGUCCACUAACUGAUACUGCCUCUCCACAAUUACUGGAACCUGCUGAAAGGCCAAGCUCUCAACACCAUGAUGUCUCCUGUGCCUAUAGACAGUACUCAGACCGCAGCUCUCUCUGCUAUGGUUUUGCACUUGACCAUUCCAGGUUGACUGAUGAUAGACAUUUCCAUACUCAGGCCUGUGAAGGAGGCAGGUGUGAGGCUGGUAGAUAUUUCCUGGGCACACCGCAGCCUGGAAGGGAUACUUGGUGGGGUUCUCGUUCAGCAUUGCCCCUGACAAAAACUUCCCCUGAAAGCAGAGAAGCAUAUGAAAACAGCAUGCCCCACAUCACUUCAGUUCACAGGAUACAUGGGAGAGGACACUGGGAUGAGGACAGUGUUGUUAGCUCCCCAGAUCCUGGCUCUGCUAGUGAAUCAGGAGACCGAUACCGUACUGAGCAGUAUCAAAGUAGUCCACAUGAGCCCAGCAAAAUUGAAACUCUAAUAAGAGCUACCCAGCAAAUGAUUAAAGAGGAAGAAAACAGGCUUCAGCUACAGAAAACAACCCCUGAUCAGCUGGUCUCUAUUAACGGAGCAGGGAAAAAGCACUCUAUUUGUUUUGCAAACUACCAGCCACAGCAGUUGACAGGGGAUGUCUGCCGUGUUCCUACAGUUGCCAACACCUCUCCUUGUGAACACAUCCAGCAACGAGAUGGAAAGCUUAUGAGCCCACAUGAAAAUGAUUAUGACAACAGCCCCACAACACUGUCUAGGAUAAGCAGCCCAAAUUCCGACCGCAUUUCUAAAUCUAGUUUGAUACUAGCUAAAGACUACCUGCAUUCAGACAUGUCCCCUCAUCAAGCCACAGGGGACCAUCCAGCAGCUUCUCCAAACUAUUACACCUCCCACAGGCAGUACUUUGACAAGCAUGCUUACACGUUAACUGGAUAUGCUCUGGAGCAUCUAUAUGACAGUGAAACCAUUAGAAACUAUUCCUUGGGCUGUAAUGGAUCACACUUUGAUGUGACUUCUCACUUAAGGAUGCAGCAAGAUCCAGCACAGGGACACAAGGGGACAUCCGUUAUAAUAACCAAUGGAAGCUGAUGUUUUUUCUAAAAUAUUUUGUGCUCUAAAAAAAUCUUUGAAAUAUAAUUGGAAGAUAUAUAAGUUUUAAUGCCCUUGUUGUUACCAGCAUUUGAUAUACCACACUGCACUAGAGAGAAUAACCUAAGGUACUGGGGAUGAGUGUGUUGACACGUUACUGUAAAAAAAAAAUGCACUGGCAUUAAGGGUUAUAGUGAAUGGAGCUAAAGUCAAAAUUGCUGCCACAUUAUAUAGAAAAGAAGAUAGAGGAGGUCUGUGUUGGGAGCACAUCGUGGCAGGCCAGCUGAGCAAUUCAUGCAUGUUGUGUUGGAGUCAGUUGAUGAAAAUACUGCCAAGGGCAGACUCUCUGAAUUGCAUGUGCCCCACAGGUCUUAGUCACCAAAACAGCUAUGCAUUCUUUACAUGCAAAAAUGUGGAUCAUAUAUCUUUUCAAAAUACACAUAAAAUGGGUACAUUAACUGAUUUGUUUAUUCACUAGACUCUAGCCAUGUUAUGUUGCUCAGUGGCAUAAAGCAUCUAGGACUAGUCAAAAGGAAAAGAGAGAGAGAGAGAGAGAUCUUCAGAAUUAUUACUUUAUUGAAUAGCCACACACAUAGUUACACACUUGCUUGACUUGAAAGACAUAAAUUGAGCAACAUAGUUAUGGCUGGCUACUGGACUGCUUCCUCAUGCAAUAUUUAAAAGAAGGAACCAGAAAGGGGGGAUUUCUCAGCCUGGUUUUGAGUAAUGCAGAAGAUAUGAUUGUAACAGGAAGAUACUUUGAACUGUGAUCACAUUCUGGAUGAGUGCAUGAGAUGUCUGGUAAAGUGAAAUGGAAGAAAAGUAAUGAAGGGAAAGGGGGAAAAGGAGCUGAAAUAGAGAGUGGUCCAAGAUGAAUUAGUUUAAUCUCAUAGUGAUGUAUACCAUGUAACCAAAAAUAUGCUGUGAGGAAAAAAAUGUUCCAAGUGGCUGAACUAAUCAGGAGUGAGUUAGAACCAUAGGAGGAAUUGCAUAAAAUUACUGGAAAUGUGGGUGUAAGGACUAUAAAACACAACUAUAUUAAUGUAAGGAUAUAAGAGACAAAGACAGACAAAGUGAAGACUGCAGGGUGACUGUGAUAAAUUCUGAGAAAAUCUUUGGGCACAUUAAGAAAGCGAAGGAGAUUGUAAGGACUCAAAGUUGGAAGAGGUAACCUGUUGACUGAAGUGAUGGGUGUGAUUUUGAAAAAGGCAUACAUUCUUGUCUUGUUCACAAAGGAAAAUAGGGAAGAGAUAUCAGGAACAGUCAUGUAGUAACCAGGGGAAGAGAAAAAAAGAUACUAAGGGAAAAAUCAGGGUCUUGAGAGAAUAUGGGGAAUAAGAAACCCCAGUGUCCGAUGACUGACUACAGCAUCAGGGCCUGCAGGACCUGCCUUAAAUUAAGAGAUGUGUCAAAGGAGGUAAGUAAAUAUAUUUAAAAACCUAAUGAUCAGGGAGAUACUUUUGGACUGGAGAUGAGCUAAUAUAACACCUGCACUUAAAAAGGCAGCUAGGGAAGAUCAUAGUAACAGUCAUUGGCACAAUCCUUCAAAUGAUUUCAGUGGGAGCUGGACCAGGCCCCUCGUGAUUAUACCAACCUAGAGUAUGGGCAAGAGGGGGGGGGGGGGAUGUUGUAAAAAUGAGAUGAGCACUACAGAAUGGCUUGAUUUGUAAUGUAAAAAACUUAGAUGUAUGGAGUUUACUUUCAAUGGUCAUAAGACACAAUCCACCAAGUAGAAGGUUGCUCGGAGAGUUUGGAUAGAUUACAAAAGUAUCACUCUUCAAAGCAGGGCUAAUCAGUAGCAAAAUAAUAAUAAUCCGGGUCACCAAGUAGAGAUUUACUUGGAGACCGAGAAAAUCACAUAGCCAACUUGGAAUACUGUUAUAUACAGUUCUGAUCACUUUGAGGCAGAUUGUGAUACUCGUACACCACAAGCAAUCCCAUUUGACUUCAGAGUGAUCAUUCAUAGUGAAAGAUACUCUUCCAGAAGAGAAAGAUGUUACAAUCUGGCCUUUUUUAUCUAAAGCUCAUAAUAGAAAAGGUAGAGCAGAACACAAAGCAGAAAGAUAAAGAGAAUGAAAGAUCUAAUAAGUGUUUAAAUAAACUGGGUCUGUUAUCUUUGGAUAAGGAAAGAUUUAGAGGGAAUGUCACUGAUGUGCACAAAGUUCUGCAUGGAAGAGAGAUUUGAUAACAGUAUAAGGUUAUUUGAAUUAGUGGCAGAUAUGAGCCAAGGAGCAUUAAAUGUUAGCCAAGGAAAAAUGAGAACAAAACAAAUUUGGAGAGAAUUAUAUUAAAUGAAGCCUAAUAAUCUGAAUGAACUAUAAAGGGCACAAACAGGAGCAGCUAGUAUAAAUAAUUUGUAAAAAAGAUAAAAACAAGGCAAGUAUUUAAUGCUGUUGGGAAAAAUGCUAACAACGGCUAACUCAAAGGGGUGGAUGGACCAAAAUGGAUUUCUUUCAGCCCAAUGAUUUUAUAUAUUCCUAAAAAGUUAGGAAUGAGAGGGUAUUUUUGAUAAGUCUAGAUCUGGAUACAUCUUUAUUUAGUUUACACCUAUGAAUAGUAUUAACUUUUUAUUUGGAGCCUCAUUGUACAGUAUUAAAAUGUGAUUUGCUGAGUAAAACAGAAUAGAAAUACAUGCUAUCAUAUGUCCCUUGGAAACUGCUAGUACAUUACAAAAGUGACUCUAAGUAAAUAUGAAUAUUAUACUAGAUUACAUUACGAAAGGCACCUUCAUAAAUGACUGUACUUCUAACACAGUUUGUUUAUAUUCUUCAUUUAGGAAAAAAGCAAGUAAGCUAUGCAAUAAAGAUUCCCUAUUACUAUUUACUGUGAUCCCAUAUAGAAUAAAAGUUUCUAAGCAACUAUUGCUAAAUUAAAUUUCUCCCAGGCUGUGAUUUUCCAUAGUUUCAUUCCACUACAGUGGCAAUGUAAUAAAUAUAAUAUUUAAAAUAACAAUACAGUGGUCUGGUGCCCUCCACCUGCAGCCAUGUUGUAAGACAAGGAAGACUGACACUUGCUCAUUCCCCAUGCAAGAUGGCAGCAACUAUUGCUCCUUCUUAGUUCAUCAUUGUCAUUGACUGGAGGCACUUGCCUGUUACGGGCUAUCUGA